UCGAUCCCGCUCUCACAGCCAUCGCGGUGCACCGGGCUAAACAGGGACCGAGGCAGCGCUGGGGCCGGGCGGGCAGCCAGGGUAGUGUCUCUGGGGCUCGGGACUGAGCUAGGGCUGCGUGCCAACUGUGACACCGAAAAUCAUCCAAAAUGGGCAAAGGUGAUCCUAAGAAGCCGAGAGGUAAAAUGUCUUCAUAUGCCUUCUUUGUGCAAACCUGCCGGGAGGAGCACAAGAAGAAACAUCCAGAUGCUUCAGUGGACUUUUCAGAGUUCUCAAAAAAGUGCUCAGAACGGUGGAAGACUAUGUCUUCUAAGGAGAAAGGGAAGUUUGAAGAUAUGGUAAAGGCCGACAAGCUUCGUUAUGAAAAAGAAACGAAAAACUAUGUACCACCUAAGGGGGAAACAAAAAAGAAGUUCAAGGAUCCAAAUGCACCGAAGAGGCCUCCUUCGGCUUUUUUCUUGUUUUGCUCUGAGUUUCGUCCAAAAAUCAAAGGAGAACAUCCUGGUCUGUCCAUUGGGGAUGUUGCAAAGAAACUGGGAGAGAUGUGGAACAACACUGCUGCAGAUGAUAAACAGCCUUAUGAAAAAAAGGCUGCCAAACUGAAGGAGAAGUAUGAAAAGGAUAUUGCUGCAUACCAGGCCAAAGGGAAGGUUGAUGCAGGCAAAAAAGUAGUUGCCAAGGCUGAGAAGAGCAAGAAGAAGAAGGAGGAGGAGGAAGAUGAGGAUGAGGACAAAGAGGAGGAAGAUGAUGAAGAAGAGGAGGAGGAUGAAUAUGAUGAUGAUGAUGAAUAAGUCUCUUUUAGAGCAAUUUCUUUCUUGUCUAUAAAGCAUUUAACCCCCCUGUACACAACUCACUCCUUUUAAAGAAAAAAACAAAAAAAAAACAAAACAAAAUUGAAAUGUAAGGCUGUGUAAGAUUUGUUUUUAAACUGUACAGUGUCUCUUUUUUUGUAUAGUUAACACACUACCAAAUGUGUCUUUAGAUAGCCCUGUCCUUAGUGGUAUUUCAACGGGCACUAACCUUGCCUGGUACAGUGUGGGGGUUGUAAAUUGGCAUGGGAGUUUUAAAGCAGGUUCUUGUUGGUGCCCAGCACAAAUUAGUUCUACAUGGGGAUGUAGUUCCUUUUUCAUCUUCAGUUGUCUCUGCAUCAGAAAAAAUAAUUGUUGUUCUGUUAACUGAAUACCACUCUGUAAUUGCGAAAAGGAGAAACAAGAAAAGUUGCAGCUGUUUUGUUGACAUUCUGAAUGCUUCUAAGUAAAUACAAUUUUUUUUUAUUAGUAUUGUUGUCCUUUCAAUAGGUGCCCUUGGAAAAUCAUCCU